AUGACCGUAAGAAUCUGUUCAUUGCUAAAGCCUUUUCCACUGCUACUUUCCAGAGUGAUAGAGAACAUUAAAUCUUGUCUUUCGUAUGUACAAAUUGAAAUCUUUUCAAAAACCUGUUUUGGUCAUUUCCUUGACCUUCCCGAGUUUAAAGUUCAACCCCAAGUGUUUCAUGGGUUGUUGCUCCGAGAGGUUCAGCAACCUAAUGAUGCUGAGUUGUGGGUUAUGAUACGCGGUGUUAGGCUUAGGUUUAGCAUUGAGGAAUUUGCAUUGAUUACUGGGUUAGACUGUGAAGGUGACUGUAGUGUCUUAGAUUUUAAGCAAGAGGUUAAUAGUCUUUGUGAAAGAUAUUGGCCAACUUCGUCCUCUAUCACUAAGGAAUCUGUUAGGGAAUGUUUUACCACCAAGAGGUGGGGUGAUUCUGAUGAGGAUGCUGUGAAGUUGGCAGUUUUGUAUUUCGUGGAGUGGUUCUUGCUUAGUGGCACUAAGCAUAAAAAUGUACCCAAGUCUAUUUUAGAUGUUGUAGAUAGUGGGAGGUACAAUGAAUUUGCUUGGGGCCGGAGUUCUUUUGAAUUGACUAUUUCCUCAUUGAAGGGUAAGCUUGAUAGUUGGGUUGACGGGGUUAGGAAGGCAAAGAGUUCGGGAAAGAGGCCGAGUGUUUUUUACACUCUGAUUGGUUGUCCUCAUGUUCUACAAGUUUGGUUCUACGAGUGUUGUAAGUACAUGAAAGGUAAGUACUGCCAAAAGGAAAGCUCUCGUAUUCCAAGGAUCACUCAGUGGACAUGCAAUAGUCAACCUACUUUCAAAGUUUUGAAGACUACUAUCUUUGAUGUUUCCAAAGAUAAGCUGCAACUUUCAAAUAUGAGGCCCACGGCUGGUGAGUUCAAAGCUUUGAAACUGGGCAGUUUCAAGUUCGACACCGACUUCAACUCUUACAAGAGUCUUCCCCGUCCCCGAAGAGCCAACUCGUUGCUCGGAGUGACAUUUCGUCAAGCUUCGAGGCCUUUUCCGAGAAAUUUCAUGGGUUGGAGGUCAAGAUCGAUUCGUUGCAUACUUCCCAACGAAGAUUUCAUACGAUUUGGUUGA